UGUGAUGUCAUCAGGUUUCCCAGAGUUCUCUGCCGUUUGUCCUGUAACUGUCUCACCUGUCUCACCUGUCUCACUCACCUGUGUCUCAGAGUUUCCCAUCGACUCCCUGACAGAGAACUCUUUACACUUGUUUGUUAGUGUUCGUGUUUGACAGACGAGAACAUCAGCUCCUCCAACAGGAUGAUGACUGACACUGCUGGUCACAUGACGGUUAACUCUGCUCAUCAACCAGAGGAAGAAGAGGCAGACACAGGGGAUCAGCGGACAAAAAACACUGUUGCCCUGGCAGCAGCCCCGCCCACCAGUCUGAGCUUGACACGGCCGCAGAAGAAGAAGAAGGUUCUGGUGGCGCCGGCACUCAGUGUCUCUCUCGGACGCAGUGAGUCCACCGUCUCUGACGACUUCCCCUCAGGCUUCCUCUCACCUGAUGAUGACGAUGACCUGGGGCUGGACAUCGACCUGGACGCCGUGGAAACACCAUCUGAUACUGAAUCACUGCCCUUUCCUAUCUGCAAUAUAGAAGGUGAGCUGCUGCGUCUGGGCGUGGUUUCCCACCGUCGCAGACAAGUGGAAGCCCCUCCCACCUGCAGGUCUCAGUGCAGUGCGUCGCUGGAGACGGAGGACGUGUUGGACAGUCAUGGCACCAGGUGGCGCUGUUUCUCCACAGGUGAAGCGGCACAGGAAAGCCGCGUCAACAUGAGUGUCCUCGAGCCGUUUCUACAAGUGUUGUCCCACGGAGGUUACUAUGGAGACGGGAUGAAUGACAUCAUCGUGUUUUCUUCCUGUUUCCUGCCUCAGAACAAUCUGGAGAAAUAUACAUACGUGAUGGACAACCUGUUCAGGUAUGUGGUGGGGACUCUGGAUCUCAUGGUUGCUGAAAACUAUGUAAUAGUUUAUCUUUGUGCUGGAGGACAGAGAGACAAACUCCCAGAAUUCAGCUGGCUCAGAGAGUGUUACACCACCAUCCACCACAGGCUAAGGAAGAAUCUAAAGGGUUUCUAUGUGGUUCAUCCAACCUGGUACAUCAAAGCUCUCGUCACCAUCAUCAAACCCUUCAUCAGCUCUAAAUUCAGCAGGAAACUGCAGUUUGUCGAAAACCUUCAGGGACUUUCACAGCUGAUUCCUACAGAACAGCUGCAGAUUCCAGACUGUGUCCAACAGUACGAUGAGAACCUGUCAAGGUGAAACUUCAGCAUCAGGUAUUUUGUUGAGCUGUACUGCCGUGGUCCAGUAGGAGGCGCUUCAUUGUCAUUAAUGUAUCAAAGCUUUUCAUAAAUAAUUCUGCCCUGUUCACUUUGAUUGUUCUGAUGGAUUAAAAAAGCCAUUUUAUUUUAAAUGUCUCGAUUUAUUUGAAAAGGUGUGAACUGAAA